CGUUGCAGACAUUUUGGCCGGCGUCAAGUUUGCGGCCCUGCAUGAAAACACUCUGACAUAAAACAUCAAAAGUUUUGCAACUCGGAAAAAGUGUGAAAUUUGUGAGAAAUUUAUGUAAAUUCGCGUACCGGUGCAUACAUGAAGGAUCUGUCUGACUUCGAAAAAAUGGCCGAUCUCGAUGCUGUUGUGAAUCUCGGCCUCGAUGAAAAUGAAGCGGACAUUGCGGAGGAACUACAGGGCUUCGAGGACUCUUUCGAUACUAGAAGUGAAGCGUCCGCGGACAGUUCAAGCAGUUCCGCAACGAAUCCGAGCAUAAGUUCGGUGAGUACGGAUUCGUCGGUGUCGCCAAAGAACCGGCGCGCACACCUGAAGCGCGAACGUUCAGUGAACGGGGAGAGUGGUGGCGGCGGCGGCGGUGGCGGAGGCGGCAGUGGCGGUGCAGGCGAGAACAACAAUAGAAAGGACAACAAAAACACAGACGAUGAAGACGACGACGAGGAUGAGGACAAUGAUAAGAAUAACGGUCGCAAAAGUGCCAGUGCCAGUGCGAGUGCUAGUCCGGAUGCGAAAAAGACACACAACUCGUCGUCGUCCGCGAACAAUUCCAAGCACAACUCCAAGUCCUACGACUACAUGACGAAACUCAAUUAUCUGUUCCGCGACACGCGAUUCUUUCUGAUCAAGUCCAAUAACGCCGACAAUGUGGCGCUGUCCAAGAGCAAAAGUGUUUGGUCCACGUUGCCCCAGAAUGAGGCGAACCUGAACCAGGCCUUCCGCGAAAGCCGGAACGUCCUUCUGAUAUUCUCGGUGAACGAAAGUGGUAAAUUCGCUGGGUUUGCUCGAAUGACCGGUGAAUCGAGACGAGACGUUCCUGCCGUUUCGUGGGUACUACCUCCCAGUAUUUCAGCAAAAGCACUUGGUGGUGUGAUUGAAAUUGAUUGGAUCUGUCGAAAAGAACUGUCUUUCACAUGUACAGCGAAUCUAUUUAAUUCUUGGAACGAAGGUAAACCUGUGAAAAUUGGUCGUGAUGGUCAAGAGAUUGAACCGAAAGUCGGAGCUGAAUUGUGUCGAUUAUUUCCCGAAGAUGAAGGCAUUGAACUUACACCGAUUUUAAAGAAAUCAAAAGAAACAGCCAGACUACUUCGGGAUAAAGGUGUGCGUGUAUCAUAUAAAGGACCACCUCAAAGAGGUGUUUCAAUGCGUGGUCGUAGUAGUUUAGGUGCAGUGCGAGGCAAAAAAGCCUUCUUAUUAAAUAGAAAUAAAUUGGGUGGAGUUCCGCCACCUGGUGUAUAUAAACGUUCAGCGUCACCAUAUACGGGUAGAGAAAGGACGGUUCCACCGUGGGAAAGGUAUGUCACAUCGGCUGCCGCAGCAGAGGCAUAUGUAGCUGAUUACAUGCGGACUAUGCAACACCAGCUACCUCCUAUGCCGUACAUACCGCCAGCCGCAUUCUCGAAUAUGAUUCCACCAAAUCCGGCUGUAGUACAACCCUCGGCGGCGGUAUACGAGAACCUUCCGCCACCACCGCGAUAUUACGAAGGUCCUCCGUUACCCGAGUAUCCACCACCACAACAGAUACGCCCACCACCGCCCAACUACGAGCCGCGUCCACCCUACGAACGAUCAGUUGACGAGUUCCUCUGGAAAACUAACGAUAGACCGGCACUUACUCAGGGCACAAAUGCCGGCGGCGGAUCAACAGGAGGGGGCGGUAAUUCACAAGGAGGCAGCAACAGCGCUGGAGGAGGCGGCGGAGGUGGCGGCAGUUAUCGUAGUAAUAACCGUGAUUUCCACAGAACCCGCGACCGAGGGAGGGAUCGGAGCAGUCGAAGUGAUCGUGAGCGUAAUUUCCGUGAUAGAAGUCACCAUCGCAGUAGCUAUCGUGAUAGACGAUGAUUUUACCAGAUGUAAGCAUCCCAGCAGCCUACCUGUCCUAGUGACAAAGGACUAAUUGAAAAAGUGAGAAAAAAUCAUUGAGACUUUAAACAAAAACACAUUUUCCGAUAUACACUCCAAUUUUCACUUGAAUCGAAAUUGUCUUUGUUUUCUAUUUUUUUUUCCUUAGUCGGGCGACAAAGCUGAAACGAUACAAAUGAUAAUUAUUGCAGAAAGUAAAAAACACUUAAAAGAUUUCAUUAAAACUAAAGUACAUAUAAAAAACCGAAAGCCGAACUUCUAGUUAAAACAAAAUGAAAAAGUAAACGUAAAGCCAGCAUAAUUAUUAAAUAAGAGGCAACCUAAACCUAAAAUGCAAAAACAACUUUAAACAUAAAGCAAGAGAAAACCCUACAUAAGAGAAACAAGUAAUUCAAGAAGAACAGAUGAAACGACAACAAAAAUGAUAAAAAUCCUACAAGCGUUUGUAUUUUUAAUUCUAAUUAUUAAAAUAUUGUUUUUACAAUACUUGGAAUUUAUAUAGUGACAUGAUGUAUUUUAAUUUUAAAAAAUAUAUAUAUUUAACGACGAUACUUUAAA